AUGUCGCUUUAUCGCAUCGGCGUUGACGUCGGCGGCACAAACACCGAUGCCGCCCUCCUCGACAUAACCGCCUCCAACACCCCAAGUCGCGGUGUUCUGGCCUCCCACAAAGCAUCGACAACAGCAGACAUAACCAGUGGCAUCGAGGCAGCUAUCCGUGAAGUGCUGACGGCCUCCGCUGUCGACCAGAAGAAGGUCCUCAGCGUCACAAUCGGCACAACACACUUCAUCAAUGCCCUGGUUGAAGCCGAUACUCGCAGACUGAGCCGUGUCGCCGUCAUCCGUCUUUGCGGCCCGUUCACGCGUCAGAUCCCGCCCUUCUCGGACUUCCCGUCCGGCUUGCGGAGGAUCCUGGACGGAGGUGCAUAUUACCUUGACGGUGGGCUGGAGAUUGAUGGGCGGGAGGUCGCACCCCUGGAUCACCAACGAAUCAGGGAGGUUGUGCGGGAGAUUGUGGCCGCCGGCGUGAAGGCAAUCGCCCUUGUUGGUAUUUUUGCGCCUCUGGAUCACGCCGGUGUGCACGAGGAGACCUGCAAGAGGAUCAUCCUGGAGGAAGCACCAGGGCUGGAUGUCGUCUGCUCUCACGAUAUUGGCCCGCCGGGCCUUCUCGAGCGAGAGAACGCCACGGUCCUCAACGCAGCCAUCCUCAAGACGGCGCAGAAGGUGACGCGUGGUUUCAAGCGGGCCAUGGCCCGCCUGAGGCUUGCAUGUCCGCUGUACCUCUCGCAAAACGACGGCACGCUCAUCGAUGCCGACACGGCGGCUGAGUACCCUAUCAAGACUUUUGCCAGCGGUCCGACAAACAGCGUGACCGGUGCUGCAUUCCUUGCCGGCUUAGAUCAGGUCAAAACUGUCAUCACGGAUCCUGCCGAUGUCGCUGGUGACGAGACGGUUGAGCCCCAGGUCUUGGUGGUCGACAUUGGCGGCACAACAACAGACGUCUGCGCCUUACUUCCAUCUGGCUUCCCGAGGCAGGCUCCAGGCUUUGUCGAGGUCGGUGGUGUGAGGACGGCGUUUUCCAUGCCAGAAGUCGUUUCCAUCGGUCUUGGCGGUGGCAGCAAGGUUGACGUGCACCCCGAGUCGGGAGACGUCACUGUUGGUCCUGGAUCAGUCGGCCACUUCCUCACGGAGCAAGCUCGAAUUUUUGGUGGCUCGACGCUGACUGCAACUGACAUUGUGGUGGCUUCUGGUAAGGCCCAACUUGGGGGCGCCGGCCUGGUCAAGGGCAUACCCAACGCGACGGUUGAGAAGGCGCGGCACAGGAUCAAGACGAUGUUGGAGGGCGUUAUCGAGCAGAUGAAAGUAUCUUCCGCCCCCGUUUACGUUCUUCUAGUGGGAGGCGGAGCGCUCCUAGUUACGGACGAUCUGGACGGCGUUGAAAAGUGCAUCCAGCCAAUCCACCAAGGCGCCGCCAAUGCCGUUGGCGCGGCUAUUGGAAAGGUCUCUGGGGAGGUGGAUGUGAUCGAGAUUCUGGAGGGCAGGGAUGAGAAAGCCGUUGUUUCAGCGACAUGCCAGAAGGCAAUCGACAUUGCUAUCCAGAAGGGCGCAGCACCGGAUGAUGUGCGGGUCGUCGAGGUGAACAAGAUGCCGCUGCAGUACGUCGACAAUGGGGCCAUGAGGAUCCAAGAAGAGCAGGAGAGCGAGGGGGUGAAGGAGAGUGUCUCCGAUGCCCUUGAGCCCACUACAAAACCCUCACUGCAGGCCGACCUGGAGUCGUACAGACCGAACGUGAAGAAUGGCGUUUGGUACGUUUCUGAGGUAGACCUCGAGCUGAUUUCGACUGGAUGCGGUGUCCUCGGCACUGGAGGUGGAGGACCGACGCACCACGAGUUUCUCAAGAGUCUGCAGGCUUUGAGGACGUGUGAGGUGGGCAAGAUGCGAAUAAUCUCGCCAAAGGCUCUGGGAGACAACGACAUGGUCUGCUUCGGAUCUUGGUACGGCACACCGAGCGUCAUAAACGAAAGAAUUGCUGGCGGUACGGAGAUCCCAAAUGGAAUUGACGCGGUCACUAAAAUCCUGGGAAUCAAGUCGCUGGACGGCAUUUUUAUCGAUGAGAUCGGCGGCGGAAAUGGCCUGAGCAUCUUCCCAACGGGCGUCCACUACGAUAUACCAGUCGUAGAUGGCGAUGCCAUGGGAAGAGCGUACCCCACCAUGUACCAAGACACGCCUAUACGUCUAGAGCGGUUUCUGCGCACUGCAGCAAUUGAGCUGGGCCUUGGAUGCGCCGUCUGUGCCAGACCGCUGCCUGGGUCUGCCGUCAAGUCUCACGGCGUCCCGAACACAGUGUCACAGGCCUGGUACCUUGGGCGAGCGGUUCAUAUGGCUCGAAGGAGGAAGUCUGAUUACAUCGACGCAAUCUUUGACGUGUGUGCUGGCAAGCUCCUCUUUACCGGCAAGAUCGUCGACGUGAGACGCUACGUCGGCGGAGGCUACACGAUGGGCAGCGUUCUAUUGGCCCCUCUUGCAGACGAAGACAGCGACCGCGACGCCCGACAGUCUUCCCACGGCGACCGCCAUUUGCUCAUACCCUUCCAGAAUGAGUAUCUCUACGCCGCUCUGACUGACUCUGAGGGGUCGGACAAGGAUCAGAAGGUGAUUUGCACCGUGCCAGAUCUCAUCUCCAUCCUCGGCCAAGACGGCGAGGCGAUCGGUUCCCAGGAUUUGCGGUACGGCUUGCGCGUUAAUGUCAUUGGGUUGCCUGCGCACCCUUUGUGGAAGACGGAGAAGGGCAUGCCGGUGGGAGGACCAAAGGCCUUUGGACUGAAGAUACCCUUUGUAGGAGUCGGGGAUUACACACAGCCCCGGAGUAUCAUUGAGGAAUUCGGGAUGUACUUAUGUGGAGGCUAA